AUGCAAAUAGCUGUAACCAGUAAGCUGAACGAGAGUUUUCAGCCAGUGCCAAAACCUAGUGACGAUGAUUGGUUGAGAAGUCAUAAAGAAAAAGGACAAACUAUGAAAUCAUUUGAACGUAAUAUAUCAAAAGCUGUUCCUCAUGCAACUCACAAAACUAUUUAUAUUCAACCAUUUGGUAGCUUUGAUCAUCCACGAGUUAUAUCAUUCAAUGUAAUCAUUGAAUUUGUCCGUGUAUUUUUUCCUCGAUGUGAAGUUGAAUUAUUAUCAACUAUCGACUUUUCGAAAGACAUGAAAUAUCGAGAAAAAGAUGGUAUAAGACAAUAUCAAACAGCUGGCUUUUAUAAAUACCUAUCUCGAACACGUCAUAAACGUAAUUCAAGAUGA